AUUAACGAUAAAUCAAAUGCCCAAAUCCAAUUUCAUUUUAUCAUCUGGGGUAGCACAGACUAAAGCAAAAAUGAAAAUGGAAUAUAAUUUGCGUUUGAUAAAAAGAUGUAGUCGCGUCAGUAGGACUGUUUAUAUUCCAGCACCGUCCUUUAGAGGGCGCUGUUGAGACGCACGUAAAGCUCAACUGUACGUACACAAAUCUGCUUCCUGUUUACGUUUGUUGAGCGCUUUCUUAGUGCGAGAAGAAACAGCAGACGUCGCGAACUGCACCUGGAAACAGGCUCCGCGUUAGUUUUGUUCAGAGCCGUCGCUGUCCGUACGCCUGCAGCCGACCCUGUUUGUUAGACAGGCCGUUUCAAUGCAUUUCAGAGAAGCUUUACCGCCGCGCAGAUGGACGCUGUUGAUCUGUUUUCAAGCUGCAGAAAGGGCGACAUUGCCAGAGUGAGAUACCUGGUUGAACAGAGGGAUGUAGAACUGAACAUCAGAGAUAAGUGGGACAGCACACCUCUGUAUUAUGCAUGUCUCUGUGGACAUGAAGAGCUGGUGCAGUACCUGCUUGCCAACGGAGCAAAGUGUGAGGCGAACACGUUUGACGGCGAGCGCUGUCUGUACGGAGCGCUGAGUGACCCCAUCCGCCGCCUGCUCAAAGAGUACAAGUGCAUCACGGCGAAGGCCAUGCAGAGAGACUAUUACGACCAGUUCCUGCAGACGCUUUUGGAGCAGGGAAACUACAGCGAUGUGACGUUUAUGGUGCACGGUGAGAUGUUUAAGGCCCACCGCUGUAUCUUGAGUGCCCAAUCAGAAUACUUCGCCCACAUGCUGGAGACCAAGUGGAGGGGGAAGAGUGACAUUACCCUCAAACAUCCACUGGUCAACCCUGCUGCAUUUGGUGCAAACAUGCGGUAUUUCUACACUGGCCGUUUGGAUAUAGAUGUGAAUUACGUGGAGGACUGCAAGCGUUUGGCGAAACAGUGCAAGAUCAGCGAGCUGAUUGAGGAGCUGGAAGUGAAGUGCAAACAGGUCUAUGAGUUUGUGUCUAAUAAGCCUGGGACGUGUGUGAAGGUGUUGACUCUGGUUCCUCAUGACUUUCAGCUGCAGGAUGGAAUGGCUCUGCUGGCUGACAGCGCACUUCCUGCCGAGCUGCGGGUUGGAUAUGGUCAGCUUCCUUUCGAUCUAGCUGAUAGUUUUCCGAGUUACCCUGACAUCUGCUUCCGGGUGGAGGGCUAUGACUUCCUGUGUCAUAAGGUGUUUUUCUGUAGUCGUAGUGAUUAUUUUAAGGCGCUGCUGGAGGAUCAUUUCAGCGAGGGUGAAACUCUGCAGACUCAUCCCAGUAUUCCUGUCAUCACCCUUCAUGAUGUGUCUCACGAUUUGUUUACAAGAAUCCUUUACUACAUCUACAGCGAUAACACUCAGCUCUCUCAUGAGAACAUGUAUGAGGUUCUGUGUGUGGCCGACAUGUACCUGUUAUCGGGUCUGAAGCGUCUGUGUGGCAGGACUCUGGCUGUGCUGCUCAACGAGGAGAACGUGCUGCACAUGUGGAAGACGGCCAAACUGUUCCGGCUCUCGCGUCUGGAGGACCAGUGCACUGAAUACAUGGCCAAGUUCAUAGAACGGCUGGUGGAAAGGCCAGAGUUCGCUGAUAUGAUCAGAGAGGAUGCUGGGAAUGUGGCCGCCAGGCAGGAAACUGAUUCCAUCCCUCUGGUAGACGAGAUCCGUUUCCACAUCGCCAGUAACGUUCAGACGUACAGCGCCAUCGAGGAGGCCAACCAGAAACUCAGCGCCCUGGAGCUCCUGCUGGCCAGCAUCGGGCUGGAGUGCUGAGAAACACAACUAACAUGAGGUCUGGAGAGAGCACGGUGCUGGCGGAUCAAUCAAAUGCUACCAAAUGCUUUACAUGCACAGAUAAUCCAAAGUAGCAAACUAGCACCACAUUAGCAGUAACAAACUAAUAUGGUCGAAUCUAACCAAAAACAUGCAUAUAUGGAGUCGGUGUGCGUCAUCUUACAGUGGCCUGUUAUGAUGCAGAGAAGCUUCCUGUCUUCAGUUGUUUUUUUAUGAACAAAAAGAGAGACGAAAGCUUGACAUUUUGACAUUUCACCGGUCGUGAGCUUUAUAUAUCAGAACAAGUUCUUCGUGAUAUUUGGACAUACGCUGUUCAUUCUUCCACAUGCGUCAUGACAGAUGUAGCAGAAUAUUUAGCAAGCUUUAUAGGAAACUUUUAAGUUAUGAGUCAAAACAAUGCUGUUACAUCACCGAAUAUGAUUUGAGCCAAUGAUUAAUCUAGGAUGAGGCCAUUCUUUAAGGAAAGAAUGAUUUAUUGACAUGCAUUUGAGAAAAGGAGUGCACUGAAAAAGAAUCUUUUUUGAGAUUUUCACAUUUUUGGUGUUCAUGAUAGGACUGACAAUUCAAAACAUCCUCCAAGAAUGAUUUCACUUGCGUUCUCUCUGGUGUUUGUGUGAGAGUUUGCCAUUUGUUUAAGCAAGUAGAUAAUUAUUUAUGCCUCGAAAUGUGUUCACUUACAUCUUCCAGCACUGAUAGAGAAGUUUUCCAGCUUUGCAUCCACAGACUUCUGGUAAUAUGCAUGCAAUAUUUGCAUAGAAUUACUCAAUGAAUGAAUAAAGUACUUAAUAUUUCUCCACCUUAACAUGUUUUCCUGCAUUGGUUUGAUUUUGUUUCCUAGCCUUU